ACAUACAAACCAAGAAUAUAUCCAUGUCAUCCCUCUCAUUUGAUACUACAUCCUUCUUUGUCCAAGGCUUAGCUUCGGGUCUUUCCAAGCGAUUACUGGAGGAAAAUGACAAUUCAUUAUUGUUAAAUAUAGCUCCUACUGGCCGUCAAGCCAAGCGUAUUGCCCAACAGAUUAACUAUUCCGAAGAUUACAUAGAUGACUUUGAUUUUGAGGACACUCCUUCUGCCAACCUCACCAACAAAGGAAGUAUUACCAAUCAAACUCAAGCCAAUGUCCAAAAGUUUUCUCCUGCUAGAAACACUCCCUAUAUGAAAGAACUUGAUGAUGAACAAAAGAUCUCGGAAUUGGUUGGAAAACCACAAAUUUUGAUUCCAAUCAAGAUAGCUUUAGAAAAUUCCAACUCCACACAUAAGCUUGUUGAUUUUUUCAUGUGGAACUUAAACGAAUCCCUUAUAACGCCUUAUCAAUUUGCUGAAAUCGUGUGCAAUGAUUUAGAAUUACCAAAUGCAAUGAUUCUGCAGAUAGCUGAUUCUAUCAAUCAACAAAUUGAGGAAUACAAUUUUGCUUCCAAUUUGCAAUUGCCUACUAAUAAUCCCUGCAAUGUAAUUAUUGACUUGGCUGUAAAUUUAAACAAACAAUUAUAUCAAGAUAGAUUUGAAUGGGAUUUGAAUCAAAACGAGGUGACUCCUGAACAGUUUGCACAAAUCGUGGUGGCGGAUGUAGGUCUUUCCUUGGAAUUCAAACCAGCAAUUUCGCAUGCAUUGCAUGAAAUAAUCAUUCGUGUCAAGAAAGAGAUUAUAGAAGGCACUUUUAACAAUGAAAUACACAAUUUACAUCUUGUCAGGGGAAUAAUUUUUGAAAAUGGAAUCCGAAUUUUUACAGAAACUAGUAUUCAAAAUGGAAACGAUCAUUGGGAACCGUUGGUCGAGGUAUUGACUUCUUCUGAAAUCGAAAGACGAGAAAACGAAAGAAUUAGAAACUUAAGAAGAUUAAAGAGAGAAAACAUGAAAAGAGAUUAUGAUGACUAUAGUGGUGCUAAAAGGAGACAAGUGGGGAGAAGGAGGUUUGAUGAAUUGGAAGGAUCCUGGAAAGGAGUGUAGCGCAGCUACAGAUGCUACUUGUUCAUUUCUAAGCCUGUAGAAUUAUAUAUUCCAAAUAGAGACAAAGGAAUAUAACCGUGUACUAU